CCUAAUCAUACGAACAAGAGAGGAGAGGAGACCACGUCGUCCUCCGCUAAUUCUCCGCGCAGUGGUUGCCCGCCACCAACUCCAACAAGACAGCAGCGAUCGAGCUCACCACAAAGCAGCAGCGCAGCCAUGGCGCCCACCAUCCCUGUCCCAUGCCCAGGCGCCACGGUUAUUACCUACUCUACUAGCUAGCUAAGCCCUCCACGCCCCCUCUGCCCGCCCCGCCGUUGUCCGUUGAACCGGCCGGCGAUCAAGAACAGCUGUUAUAUAUACAUAUAGGUGCACCAGCGUUGUUGCGCCUGCACUUCGUCCGGCGACGUACGUACGAGUACGACGAUCGGCGAUGAUGGUGAUGGGCUACUUCCGGUCGACGAACAAGUCCGCGACGUCGGCAGCGGGCGGCAAGAACAAGAAGAAGGCGAAGAACAGCUGUGCGCCGGCGGCGCGCGAGGAGGCGGCCGGACUGCGGGAGGCGCUGCUGGACCAGCCGGCGGCGGCGGAGGAGGACGGCGGCGUUCCUAAGGGCUACUUCGCGGUGUACGCCGGGGAGGAGUCCCGCCGGUUCGUCGUGCCCACGGGGUACCUCCGGGAGCCGGCGUUCCGGGACCUCAUGGAGCGCGCCGCCGACGAGUUCGGCUUCGCGCAGGCCGGCGGCCUGCGCGUGCCCUGCGCCGAGGAGGACUUCGAGGACCUCCUGCGCCGUCUCCAGCGCAAGAACGGCGGCGCCGUCGGGAAGGGCAAGAAAUAAAGCCGUCGUCGGCCGGUAGAUGAUCGACAACACCUCGCUAGCUAGGUUCCUUCUUGUUUGUAACAAUUUGCUUGUUGUUGACGUACGUGUAGAUCAGAUCAGAUCAGUUCAUCAGUUGAGGUGAGGAUGCAGUUCUUGUACAGAAUGCAAGCAACCAAGCAGCCACAUGCAUGCAUGCAUGGUAGCGUAGCUCUGAAUGCAUGGCGUGUUGAUUCACUGUUGCUUCCGUGAACCGUGGAGAAAGAGUAUACAGACUUACAGAGAACUCCUGGGGAAAUUCAGCUAUUUAUUAUUUCAUAUGUCUGAAACUUGUGAGAUUCGAUUCAAAUUUCGACGUUCCAAACAGUCCGUACGAGAUAUGCAUGAUGGGAUCGAGGAGAAGUAUGUAGAAAGAAGACAGGGCUUUAUUUCUUCAGUUCAUGUUGUAUUUUUGUGAUUAGAGGAGCAGUCCUCUUCAGAGUUCAGAGGAUGAACCCUUGUCUUGUCAUGCUGUUCCUAUUCUUACAGAAACCGAGAAAAAGAUUGCCUUUUUUUUUGGAUUUGUACUAUUUUUCAUCUUAUUUACAAACUUGAUCUAUUUGGUU